AUGCUCAAGGGAGCCCUGCAGACUGGGGAGACAGGCAAGUACAGUGAAUCACGGUUUACCAGAGUAGAGAGUCAGGAGUGCAACCUGGCCUGGGAAACCAGUUCUGGGGCAGAAGAACUUAAACUGCAGUUGAUGUAUUUUUGGAGACUCAAAGUCGUCAGCAACUUACAUCAUGUCUCCGAAGAGGCCCCCUCCGACGUGUCAGUCUCUGAGAGGUACAGCAAGGAUGAAGCCCUGGCGGGACCGCCUCCCCAGCCCCCCAGCCUCCACUGCGACGAGCCUGCAGAGAACGGGGCUGAGAAAAACCUCCCCCUGCCCAGGAGCGCAUCCGGGUCCAGGAGGAGGUCCGCCGUCUGGAAGCACUUCUACCUGUCGCCCCUGGACAACUCCAAGGCCGUGUGCAUCCACUGCAUGAACGAGUUCAGCCGGGGGAAGAACGGGAAGGACCUGGGCACCAGCUGCCUCAUCAGGCACAUGUGGCGGGCACACCGCUCCAUUGUGCUGCGGGAAAACGGUGGGGGCGCUGGCGUGCCGCCCCCCUACUCCGCGCCCCCAACCCUGCUGCCCACUCCGCCGCCGCCCGACGGAGAGCCCAGCCCCGCAUCCUCGUCUCCGGGGAAGCCGGUCCAGGACUCCACCUCCGCGCCCUCCUCCCCCGACCGGCUUGUGGAGGACCCGCCAGCGCACUGGAACCCCGGAGACACUCCAGUGGAAGACGCGUGGGUGUUGUCCUCCUCCUCUGACGUGGGCGAGGCCUCGUGGGCAUCGUCUCCCGAGAAGCAGCCGGGCGACGCGCCCAGCCCUCGCCCUCUCGAGUCCGGUGCCGUGUUCCAGCAGAACAAGAAGGUCAUGAGGAGGCUGAAGUCGGAAGUCUGGCAUCACUUCUCGCUGGCCCCCACGGACAGCCUCAAGGCUGUGUGCAGACACUGUGGCUGCGUCAUCAGCCGGGGAAAGAAGGGUGACGUGGGCACAAGCUGUUUGAUGCGGCAUCUCUACAGGCGCCACCCGGAGGUCGUUGGGAACCAGAAGGGCUUUCUGGGGGCCAGCUUGGCGAAUUCGCCAUACGCCACCUUGGCUUCUGCAGAAACUUCCUCCUCCAGAUUAACUGACCUGCCGACCAUGGUCACAAAAAACAAUCAAGUUACGUUUCCCGUCAACAGCAAAAAGACCUCAAAGUUGUGGAAUCAUUUUUCUCUCUGCUCCGCAGACCCCACGAAGGUCGUGUGCUUGCACUGUGGCCGGACGAUCAGCAGGGGCAAGAAGCCGACAAACCUGGGCACCAGCUGCCUCCUGAGGCACCUGCAGAGGUUCCACGGCGCUGUGCUGAAGCCCGACGCCCCCAGGGCGGCGCCACCCUCCCCUCCCGGUGCCCACGGGCCCCUGAGCUCAGAGUCGGCCGGCGCCUCCUCCCGCGAUGACAUCAGCGAGAAGUUUUAUGAUUCGCAUCCAGUUGCCAAAAAGAUAACAAGUCUCAUUGCUGAAAUGAUCGCACUUGACCUCCAGCCGUACUCGUUUGUGGACAACGUUGGCUUCAAUAGACUGCUCGGAUACUUGAAACCUCAGUACUCUCUGCCCCCUCCGUCCUACUUCUCCAGGACGGCCAUCCCAGGUAUGUACGACAAUGUGAAACACAUCAUCAUGUCACAUCUCCAGGAAGCCGAGAGUGGUGUGGUCCACUUCACGUCUGGAAUAUGGAUGAGCAGCCAGACCCGGGAGUACCUGACCCUCACCGCCCACUGGGUCACCUUCGAGUCGUCGGCCCGACCGCACUGCGAGGACCACCACUGCUCGGCGCUGCUGGACGUGUCGCAGGUGGACUGCGACUACAGCGGCAGCAGCAUCCAGAAGCAGCUGGAGUGCUGGUGGGAGGCCUGGGUGACGUCGACGGGCCUGCAGGUGGGCAUCACGGUCACCGACAACCCCAGCAUAGGCAAGACGCUGAACGAGGGGGCACGCUCGAGCGUGCAGUGCUUCAGUCACACGGUCAGCCUCAUCGUCAGCGAAGCCAUCAAGAGCCAGAGGCUGGUCCAGAACGUACUCAGCACCGCACGGAAGAUAUGCGAGCGGGUCCAGCGGUCGCCGCGGGCGAAAGCAAAGCUGGCGGAGCUGCAGGAGGAGUACGAGCUGCCGCCCCACCGCCUCCUGCAGGACGUGCCAUCCGAGUGGAGCACGUCGUUUCACAUGCUGGAGCGGCUGAUCGAGCAGAAGAGGGCAGUGAACGAGCUGUCCGUCGAGUGUAACUUCCGGGAGCUCAUCAGCUGCGACCAGUGGGAGGUGAUGCAGUCCGUGUGCCACGCCCUGAAGCCCUUCGACGCCGCCCGGCGGGAGAUGAGCGCCCACGUGUCCACACUCAGCCAGGUCAUCCCCAUGAUCCACAUCCUCAGCAGGAGGGUGGAGAUGCUGUUCGAGGAGACCAUGGGCAUCGACACCAUGCUCAAGUCCCUCAGGGAGGCCAUGGUGAGCCGCCUGUCCGCCACCCUCCACGACCCCCGGUACGUGCUGGCCACCCUGCUGGACCCGCGCUACAAAGCCUCCCUCUUCUCCGAGGAGGAGGCCGAGCAGUACAAGCAGGACUUAAUCAGGGAACUCGAGACGCUGAAUUCUACCUCAGAGCCUGCGCCCGCCCCCAGCGGACGUGACCCAGGCUGCCCGCCGAGAGACCGUGCUGGGGAGGAGAGCCUGUGGUCGCUUAUGGCCAGGAUGAAGAAGGCCGAGCCCGGAGGGAGGACGAGGGUCCCGGAGGACAUGGUGCUCGCCUACCUGGAGGAGGAGGUGCUGGAGCACGCCUGCGACCCACUCGCCUACUGGAACCUGAAGAGGGCGGCCUGGCCAGGCCUCUCCACCUUGGCCGUGCGGUUUCUGGGCUGCCCCCCGAGCAUCGUCCCCUCCGAGAGGCUGUUCAGCACACCCACCGAGAACGGCAGCUUUGGCCAGUCCAGGCUCAUGAUGGAACAUUUCGAGAAACUUAUUUUUCUGAAAGUGAAUCUUCCCUUAAUAUGCUUCCAGUAUUGAAGCUCACGGUGGAGCCACCAGACGAGAAACAGCAUCUGUCCCGGGCUGGCGGCUCGCUGCGGUCGGGGCCCUGCGGGACAGCAGGCCGGGCGCUCAGGUCCACAUCCACGGGAGGCUCCCGUCCCGGCCCUCGCCGUCAUGUCCACAUGUGCCUUACCCAGUCCUUCAGGCCAGGUACCACGGUGUGUUUUUUAAGAAGUCCAGUAGAAACAGCCUGUCUUGUCAGUUAUGGAAUACAAUGAUUAGGUUUUUAUUCGUAACUGUAAAAUUUUUUAAAAGUUGGGGGUUAGAAGUUUGUUUUACUAGAAUGGCAGAGGAGAUAUAAGCAGUUUUAUUCUGUAGGCUUUUUAUUCGAUUAUGUAAAAACCACAAAUCAGGUACUGUAUUUUAGUUUAAAAUUGCUUUAAUUGCAACAAAACAGCUUUUGUGGCUGUCAGAUAAAAUCUGUAUAUAGGAGGUGGAGUUCAAGCCAUCCUGACGGAGCAGUUCCUGGCUGCGGGCUCUAAAGUACGUUCAGGGGACGGCGAGGAUUCUGGGAGGUGACUGUUUACACAACAGAGACAUGGCAUUCGAAGACAAGCCUGCACUCACAUGUAUCACGGAAUGUCCGUCGUGUAGGGUUCAGGGGAGAGAGCACUACCGUUUCAGGGGUUUGCCCUCGGUGCCACGUGGGCUGUUAGCUGGGACACAUCCCCGCCGUUCACAGUGAGCGCCGGUGGUGCCUGCUGUGUAGCUGGUGCACAGUGUGACACGUUUACAGCAUCCUGUUGAUGGAAUCUCCAAGCCUCUGACUCAGUGGCUCUACACCAUGAAGCUAUCUUGAAAUUUGUGCACUGACCCCCAAUUUGAUCAAAUUAUGUAUACAGUCCUUUUUAGAAGAGGUGGCUUAUUAACAGGGAAGAAGAUUGCUAUAAUACAGUUGUAAGAAUAGCCUUAGGUGUUUAGAUUUUCUUUUUGAUAAUAGGGAAGAUUCAGCCAUCAAUGGGAUAUUUUAGAAUCCCAAGGACAUCGACAUGGAGUAUCAGUCAUCAGGUUUUUUUUAACAAUAAUACGUCUUCAAAGUCUUUGCCUCAGUGUCUAGAAAAGGGUUCAUUUUCUUAUUUCAAACCAGGUAAAAUACUGGGUGAAACAAGUCACUGAUUUGCCUGUGACCUUUUAGAAAAGUUGUCGUUUUGUUAAAAUACUGUACCUAUUAUUAAUCUGAAUUUGCAUUGACUAUGUUUUAGUGUAUUUAUAAGUGGUGAACUCAGUUUCUGAAAUUAAACUUUUUAUUUGCCAUUUUCUACUGCUGGAGGACACUGGCUUUUUAUUCUUAGGAUAACAAAACAGUCCUACUCUUGGGGGCCAACAUACACAGAAACCACAUUCAUGCAGCCUUUGGAUUUUCACCUUAGCCCCAGGUGGGACCCAGGGGAAGUGGAGGAGUAAUUCUUACAACAGCAUUUCUGAUAGUGGCAGUGAUGUAUGAGAACUUCCCAGGUCUUGUGUUCAGAGCGAGUGCUGUGCAGCCUGUGGUGUUGGAGGGGAAGAGCAGCCACUGUGGAAAGUAGUGUGGAGGCUCCUCCAAGAAUCGUAUGCUACCAUGUGACCCAGCAAUCCCACUCCUGGAUAUUUUUCUGAAGAAGGCAAAAACACUAAUUUGAAAAGAUACAUGUACCCCCAUGUUCAUAGCAACAUUAUUUAUGAUAGCAAGAUAUGGAAGCAACUAAAGUGUCCAUCAACAGAUGAAUGGAUAGAGAAGAUAUGGUGUGUGUGUGUAUAUAUAUAUAUGUAUACAUAUAUAUACACACAAUGGAAUAUUACUUAGCCAUAAAAAAAAUCUUGCCAUUUGCAACAAAAUGGAUAGAUCUGGAGAGUGUUAUGCUAAGUGAAAUAAGUUGGACAGAGAAAGACAAAUACCACAUGAUUUCACGCAAAUGUGGAAUCUAAAAACAAAAUGAAACAGGAACACACUCAUAGAUACAGAGAAUAAACUGGUAGUUUCCAGAAGGGAGAGGAUGAGGGACGAGUGAAACAGGUGAGGGAGAGGAAGAGGCACAAACUUCCAUUGACAAAACGAGUCACCAGGUUGUAAUGUACAGCAUAGGGCAUAUAAUCAGUAAUAUUGUAAUAAAUUUGUGUGGUGACAGAUGGUAACCAGACUUAUUGUGAUCAUUUUCAUAACGUAUAAAAAUAUCGGAUCACUAUGUGGUAUACCUACAUCGUAUGUCAGUUAUAGUUCAAUUAAGAAAAAUCCAUUAGUGUCAGAAUGAGAAAGGGUCUGGGAAGAUGGCGGAGUAGGAGCACCGCAAGUCCCCGUCCCCUGCCGGAAUCGUCUGCCGUAACUGUCGGGAACUCUGGAGAAUACAGAAGGUUUGUAACCCCCAGGGGAGACUUGCAGGGUGGCAGCGCCCCACCCCCCAGCCCCAGCCACCUGGCAGGCAGCUGUGCGUGGGUCCUAGAGCAGCUUGCACACAGCUUGCAGGAGCCAGGGCGGGGAAAGAAAGGACCCUGUCCUCCAGAUAGUGGGGAUCUGUGCUCUGUUAGCUCAUCACUGCUUCUGAUCUCACAGGUGCAGAGAAAGAGGCAGGUGCCGUUGUUGUGCCUCCCCCGCCCCCUGCACCCCCGCUUUGUUGCAAGACCCUCUUCCCCUUCUCCAGUGUCUUCCAGGGGAUUUAAAGGGCCAGAGCCCUUUUUUUAAAAAAAAAUAUUUUUUAUUUAUUUACUUUUGGCUGCAUUGCGUCUUCAUUGUUGCGCCCGGGCUUUCUCUAGUUGCAGCGAGUGAGGGCUACCCUUCGUGGCGGUGCGUGGGCUUCUCAUCGUGGUGGCUUCUCUUUUUGUGGAGCACGGGCUCUAGGCACACGGGAUUCAGUAGUUAUGGCACAUGGGCUCAGUAGUUGUGGCUCACGGGCUCUAGAGUACAGGCUCAGUAGUUGCGGUGCACGGGUUUAGUUGUUCUGCGGCACGUGGGAUCUUCCCGGACCAGGGAUCGAACCCGUGUCCCCUGCAUCGGCAGGUGGAUUCCCAACCACUGCGCCACCAGGGAAGUCCCCAGAGCCCUUUCUUAAUCCCCUGUAUUUUUUGCUUUUCCCCUUUCAGGAGUCAGACAUUAAAGACUAAGGACAUAUAAAAAUAACUGCAUAUAUGAGGAGAAUUAGAAUGUGACUACUUGUGCCCAGGGAACGGCUCAGAAAACACUUAAGAAGACAUUAAGUUUACGCCUCAGGCUGACCCUUGGCACAAAGACAAUCAAAAACAAAACCUAGGGAAAGCACAAAGCCUAGGGAAGAGGAAGAAUCUGAUUUCCAGAGUCACCAAAUUGUUAGAUGAAAAUGUCCAGUGCACAAAAAAAAAAUCGCAAGGCAUACAAAGAAACGGGAAAGUAUGGUCAAAAUACUUUUUACCCAAAGGAAAAAAAUAAUUCAACAGUCUCUCCCUGAAAAAAAGACCUGAUGGUGGGUAUACUGGCCAGAGGCUUUAAAACAGCACUCUUAAAGAUGCUCAAAGAACUAAAUAGGACAUGGAGAAAGUCAAGAAAAUAAUGUAUGAAAAAAUGGAAAUAUCAGUAAAGACAUAGAAAACCUAAAAAACCAAAAUGAAAUUUGGAGCUGAAAAGUACAACUGAGAUGGAAAUUUCACUAGAAAGAUUCAAAGGCAGAUUUAAGCAGAAUGAAUAAAGAAUCAGCAACUAUGAAUAUAGUACAAUGGAAAUCAUCAAGUUUGAGAAACAGAAAAAAGAUUGAAGAAAAGUGAACAGAGCUAAGGGAUAUGUGGGCACCACUAAGCAAGCCAACAUACGUACUGUGGGAGUCCCAGAGGAAGAAGUUAUGGGUGGGGGCAGAAAGAAUAUGUGAAGAUAUAAUGGCCGAUAACUUCCCAAAUUUGAUGAAAGACACAAAUAUAAACAUCCAAGAAGCUCAUGAACUUCAAGUAAGAUGAACUCAAAGAGACCCACACUAAGACAUGUUAUAUAAUCAAACUGUCAAAAGGCAGAGAAUCUUGAAAGCAUCAAGAGAAGUGACUCACCACACACAAGGAUCAUCAAUAAAAUAUUAGCAGAUUUCUCACCAGAAACCUUGGAGCCCAGAAGACAAUGGGCUGAUAUAUUCAAAGUGCUAAAUGAAAAAAAACUGUCCAUCAGGAAUUUUAUAUCUGGCUAAACUAUCCUUCAAAAAUGAGGGAGAGGGAUUUCCCUGGCAGUCCAGUGGUUAAGACCCCACACUUCCACUGCAGGGAGCAUGGGUUUGAUCCCUGGUCUGGGAACUAAGAUCCUGUAUUCCACGUGACGCAGCCAAAAAAAAAACGAGGGAGAAAUUAAGACGAUCCCAGAUACGCAAAAGCUGAGGGAGUUAGUGACCACUAGACCUGCCCUGCAAGAAAUGCUCAAGGGAGCCCUGCAGGUGAGAUGAAGGGACAUCAGACAGUGACUCAAAGCCAUGUGAAGAAAUGAAGUGUUCAGAGAGGUAAAUAUAUAUGCAGCUACAAAACCUAGUAUUAUUGUGAAGAUGCAUUGUAACUCCACUUUUGGGGGGUUUUUUUCCCCAUGUUUAAGAGACUAAUACAUUAAAAAAGAAAAAAUAUAUAUAUAUACAUUCACAAACAUAUAUAUAUAUACUUCCAGUUUUUAGUUCUGCGUGUGAGGAGCUUGGAAAUUGCAACUCCAUCCUAACAAGUAAAAAGCAGAACAAUCUGAAAAAUCAAAAACUCUUCUUGGCGGACACAGGUCAAACUGUUGCCCCCAAGACUGGGGAGACAGGCAAGUACAGUGAAUCACGGUUUACCAGAGUAGAGAGUCAGGAGUGCAACCUGGCCUGGGAAACCAGUUCUGGGGCAGAAGAACUUAAACUGCAGUUGAUGUAUUUUUGGAGACUCAAAGUCGUCAGCAACUGUGAGAGUUAAGAACUCCGGGGGAGCCAGUCAUAAGGGAGCCCACACAAUACUGUGAGAUUUACCCCUGGAGCAUGAUCAGGUUCCCAAGUAAAUAUCAAAGUCCCCUCAAGCUUUCUGCAGGGGGAGGGAAGGAACCAUUUCCUAAUGGGACAGAGGACUCUGCUCUCCUUAACAAGGCUGCUCUCAAGGAAAACUUGUUAACCAGAGCCUGACCUGCUGGGGUGUUAUCAGAGCCUAACUGACCAGGGGAAGGGAAGUGCCCAGCUCCAGCCUCCUCUGGGCAGCCUGUCCCAACCAAGGGGAGAAAAAGGACUGAGAAACACUUGUGAAGGUCACAGUCCAGAGGCACAGGCUCGGUAAAAGAACUGAGGCCUGAUCACAGGACCAUAGAAGGCUUCCCCUCUCCCACACCUCACCUCCACAUUAUUAAGGCCUAUUUAUAGAAGUUCCUUUCACCCAGUACAUCAUGUCUGGCUAUCAGGAAAAAAUUACAAGGCAAAUUACACAGUUAAAAGGCAAAAAAAAAAAAAACCCACAAUUUGAAGAGACAGAGCAAGGUUCAGAAGCGGAUAUGGCAGAGAUGUUGGAAUUAUCAGACUGGGAAUUUAAAACCAUUAUGUUUAAUAUGCUGAGGGCUCUCAUGGAUAAAGUAGACAACACACAAGCAAAGAUGGACAAUGUGAGCAGAGAGUUGGAACUCCCGGAAAAGAGCUGAAAAGAAAAGCUUGAGAUAAAAAAAACACUGUAACAGAAAUGAAGCCUUUGAUGGGCUUAUUAGUAGACUGGACAUGGCUGAGGAAAGAACCUCUGAGCUAGAGGAUGUCUCAAUAGAAUCCUCAAAAAGCAAAAAGCAGGGAGAAAAAAGACUGGAAAAAACAAUGUCCAAGAUCUAUGGGACAAUUACAUAAGGUGUAACUUGUAUAAUAGGAAUACUGGAAGGAACGAAAGAGGAAGAAACAGAAGAUUUAAAAUAACGACUGACAAUUUCCGCAACUG